AUGGACGACCCCUUCAUGCCCGGCGGGAGCAGAAAGAAAUUCACCCCAGAUGGCACCAGCAAGCCCUACCACGGCCACUCCGUAAUCUGCCACGUCCCCGUCGACUCGCCCCUCCGCCCAACCCUCAACCGCAUCAGAGCAGCCCUAGCCGCACACCCUCUCGCCGAAUCCAUUCUACCAGGGGAAUGCAUUCUCCCCGAAACCAGCUUCCACAUGACAGUCUUCAUCUGCGUGCGGCACCGCGAGCGCGCAGAAAACGUCAUGCCGCGGCUCGGGGAUCACGCCCAGGUCGCAGUGAAGCAGAUAGGACUUGACGGCGACUACAACGAGUGGCUGGAGUAUACAAUCUCGCGAGUUGAAGCGUUGAGCCAGGAUCUUCCUGCUGCAGCGCAACCGCCGUAUGUCCUUGACGUCGCGCCUGAGAUCCCACCGAUCGGGGCUACCAUCGGUCUGAGACUGCAUCCUAGGGAUAAUGCCUUGUGGAAUGUCCGUGAAGCGUUAUCGGCGGCGACGGGGAUUAGGCACGACAAUCAUGAUUCCUAUAAGUUCCAUGUUACUUUGGCGUAUACGGUGCGCCAGGUGACGCCGGAGGAGGAGGCGGAGCUGAGGGCUGUUGUUGAGAGGGAGCUUGUGGAUGCGCCGAGUACUGUGGUGUUUCCCAGGGUAGCCCUCUGCUCGUUUGAGAAUAUGCAGAAUUUUGAGGUUAAGGCUGUUUUGGGGGAUGCCAGUGAGUAUGUCAACUAA